AUGAGGAAGAAAGGUCUCAAUGUGGAGUGGAAUGGGACGCACGAGGCCGCGCACGCCGCCUCCCCAGCCGCUGCCGCAGGCAUCGACUCCGAGGCGUUCCCGCCCGCCAUGGUGGUCGUCGGCGGGUACCACCCGCUCCAGGACUGGCAGCAGCGCUACUGCGAGCUGCUCAGGUCCAAGGGGAAGGAGGUGCAGCUGCUGGAGUACCCCGAGGCCAUCCAGGCCUUCUACGUCUUCCCGGAGUUCGCCGAGUCCAAGGACCUCAUGCUCCGGAUCAAGGACUUCGUCUCCGGGACCAAGUGAAGUGAAGUGAGCGGCUAGUGGCGGUGUCAACAGUGGUGAGUGUUUGUUUGUUUUCAUGUGUGGCCGUGAAUGUCCGCAGGAG